AGUGAGUAAGACUCAAGAGAUUCGUUUUGAUCAGGCUAAACGACGCAUUUUUCACAAAAAAGAACACAACCCUCUCAACCUUAUACGGCAUAAACUUGCUACUGCGCAAAGAUAUUGGUUUAUGUUUUCAGAUUCACAAUUUGUUCUUAAACCCAUCAAACAUCUUCUUUACAACCACGGUCUCCAUCAUCGAAAUUAUAAGUUUUGGACACCCUUUUUUGGACGCUCUGGUAAAAGAAUUACGACUACCACGCUCGACGAUACUUCAUCACCCAACAUUAAUUAUACAGUGGCCCCCUAUAACCCAAUCCCUAAUAUGUUUAUCCCUCACAAAUAUAGAAAUAUAAUUCCUAAGGAACCGCUUUACACAGAGGAGGGUGUAUAUAUAGUUCCAGGUUCCAGAGAGUGGUUUACUUAUAUGUAUAAUUUACACAUUAACUUGUCUCCACCACUUACAAAAGCGCAACGUCGCGAGAAGAAUAAACUUGAGCGUAUCAGAUUAGACAAGAAAGAAGCAAGUUUUCAUGGGUCUUCAUUUAAUCGUUACCCUACACGAAAACACUUGGCGUUUACAUUAACCAGAAUUAACGAGCGUUUUCACGAGGAAAUGAUGGAUUAUACAAAUCAAUAUUUGGCAUCUGACGAUGAAAAGAUCAAAUCAGACAUUUAUAAAAUUAUGAGCGAUUUUACCAUAAGAUUCAUUAAAGGAUCUAAAGGGCGUGUUAGCGACGUCAAACGAGCAUGCUACCUUCCUCCAGGAGCGACUGUGGACACUUCCGACGAUGCUAAAGAACUUGAACUCAGACCUAAAAAAAGAAGACUUUCUUCGAAUACUAACCUUUACCCAUUAAUUGACAACACCGAACGAUUUAAACGUAGACGUUUCUAUCCUGCCGUUAUGGACGACUCAACAGGAGCGGAGCUUUAUUGAUAUUAAACAUUUAUAUUUGAUUUUGAGUCAAAAUUUUUUCUACUUACCAGUAGUUUAUUUCUACAUCUUAUUUUCUUUUUAUUAUUGACACCCAAUUUGAGUAACCAAAAAACAAUUUAGAAUAGUGUGAACCAUUCCAACUCUGACAGUAUUUACAGUUGGCGCCCUUUUAGGCGAAAGAAAAAUAUGGGAUUUCUCACCCCUUAUAGAAGUUCGAUUUUUUACAUAGUGGUUCUUUUUUUACACAUUUAGAAGCUAAUGAUAUCAUUAAUUAUAAUUCUUCUUCAUCAAUAGAUAUUUGUUUAUUUUAUAAUGUAUAGUUUUGCCACACUUA